AUCAGCAAAUAGUACAGCAGCCACAACAACAAAUAGCACAGCAGCCACAACAACAAAUGGCACAGCAACAGCAACCAUCACAACAACAUGGAAUUAAAAAUUUGAUAAAUGCAGACGAUGCAGCAUUGUUAACAAAAGAACGUUUGCGUGAACUAGUCAAAGAAGUGGAUCAAAAUGAACAGCUAGAAGAGGAUGUAGAAGACCUUAUGUUGCAGUUAUCUGAUGAUUUUGUCAACGAAUUAGUCAAAGCAGCAUGUGUGUUUGCUAAACAUAGAAAAUCAAAUAUUGUUGAAGUUAAAGACGUUCAAAUUUACUUAGAACGGUACUUAAAUAUGUGGAUACCUGGUUUUGGCACAGAUGAAUUAAAACCAUACAAAAAAGCGCCAAUUACAGAAGCACAUAAACAACGAACAGCACUUAUCAAGAAAGUUGCCAGUAAAAAAUACUAGUUUAAAUGAUAAUUUGUUACAUGUCAGUAUGUCACCAGCAUGACUAUUCAGAAUUCCUUUAACAUUUAUUUUUGGUUAUUCAAACACUACUUAAGUGCUGUUUAAUAUAAAAUUGGA